AUGUACCGAUUCGUCUGGACUGCAAUCGGCGCCCUAGCCGACGAUGCUACCCGAUGUGAAGCUGACGCGAUCUUCAGGAGCAAGACGCUUGGUCUGACGGUUGAUGCGCGGCGUCUGCAGCUUCCGCACCCGCCACCACUCCAUGCAGCUUUUGAGUCCAUGGAAGCUUUGGAAAGAGGUUGGCCAGGCAUCGCCGGAGCCACAAAUCGCUGGCGAGCUGAGGAGAUGCGCAAAGAGAUCUAUGGCAGCUGGGCCGCUUGGCUUCGGACGAUGCCACCGAUUCCAGCGCAGUGCGAGCUAGCCGAGGCUCAGAUAGAGGAUCUUUCACAUGAGGCCUCUGAAAGCAACGUCUCCGCACUGCUCCUACUUGGCAUUGGUGGCUCGGCGCUGGGCCCGCAGCUCGUGUCGGAGGCCUUGGGCCCGGGAUCGCGGAGAAUCGCUUUCCUAGACAACACGGACCCUGAUGGCUUCCACACUGUGCUGAGCACUAUCGAGCCGGCAUCGACAUGGGUUCUGGUCGCAUCCAAGUCCGGUGGAACCGUUGAGACCCGCAACGCCUUGGUUGAAACGAAGGCACAUUUUCUCUCCCAUGGCGUGGACUUCUCUUCGAAAUUUCUCGCCAUUACAUGUGCUGGCUCGCGUCUGGACCGGAUGGCCUCUGAAGAGCACUGGCGUGGCCGGCUUCAUCUUUGGGAUUUCGUUGGCGGCCGAACCUCCUGGGCCUCCGCAGUGGGCUUGCUGCCUGCAGCGCUUCUGGGAAUGGAUUGGAGAUCGCUCCUCAGGGGUGCAGCCGCCUGCGACGUCGCCACUCGAACCCUGUCACCAGGGAAUCCUGCCGUCUUGCUGGCUCGUGCUUGGCAGUCGCUGGCGGGAAGGGCGAUGGUGGUGUUGCCGUACAGGGACCGCCUCCAGCUGUUUGGGCGCUACUUGCAGCAGUUGGUCAUGGAAUCUCUCGGCAAGGCAAGGAACUUGCAAGGCGACGUGGUGAACCACGGUCUGACAGUGUACGGGAACAAGGGAUCCACGGACCAGCAUGCGAUUUUGCAGCAGCUUCUGGACGGCCCUGAUGAUUUCUUUGUCGUCUUCAUUGCGGCUAUGGAGGGGGUCCACGAUAAGGACAGCAAAGAGGUCGAAACAGGGAUCACCAGCAGCGACUAUCUCUUGGCCUUCCUUGUUGGCACACGUCGCGCACUGACAGCUGCCGGACGCAGGAGCCUCACCAUCACCUUGCAGCGCGUGGACGCUUUCCAUUUGGGGGUGCUCAUCGCUUUGUUCGAAAGGGCAGUGGGAUUGUAUGCAGCGCUGAUCGGAGUGAAUGCCUACAACCAACCUGCUGUCGAGUUUGGGAAGCAAGCUGCAUCAGAUGUUCUUACUCUUCUACGGGUGCCAAAGAUGCAGACCAAGACGAUGUUGAGAUACUGCGAGAACACCUUGCGCUUCAGCAGGGUGGGUGGGAAAAAAGUCAUCUACAUGGAAGAGCCUUGUGGCAGAGUCUUGCAGUCUGGCGCAGCUUUGACUACAGCCGUGAACAGGCUGCCUGCAGCGCGUGCUCCAUGCCGGCUGGAAUGCUGCCUGGCAGCGAAUGGCCGUGCAGAGAUUUUCCGGCUCUUCCUGAGCUUGGCGCAUAUCUGUCAAGUUGGAGUUGGAGCAGCUCCCGAACACCCGUCUUGGAGCGAUGGUCUGGACGUUUACGACGCCGACGGCCAGCACUUGGGAACCAGCACUGCGUGGCAGGCUCAAACGUCCUGCCAGUGGCAUCGGACUGUGUAUGUGAUUCCGAGCUUGCCCGAUGGCCGUAUACUCUUCCAGAGACGUGCUGACUGGAAGUGGCGGAUGGGCGGCUUGUGGGACCUAGGUGCCUCGGAGACGGUCGAGAUGGGCGAGGACCUUCAGGCGGCCGCCCAGCGUGCAGUCCACGAGGAACUUGGGAGCCGUGCAGCGCUGCCGGCUCUCACGGAGUGUUGUCGACUCAACACAGGCUGGAGUGGAGCGUUGCCAAAGAUGCAGCUUUGCCAGUUAGAUCAAAACAUCGUCUACUCCGCGAAGGGGAGCCUGGGUGCAGAUGCAGGCGACCGUGAUGAGGAAGUGGACGCACUGGAGUAUUGGUCACUUGACGACUACACCAGGCAAGCAGAGACUUGGCCCUGA